AGACUGCCCCAUGAAGCUCUUCUACUAUACCGUCCUUCCGUUGGCCAUCUACGCUGCCUUCAACUACCUUUUCCACCACUGGCUUCCCUCCGUGUAUGUGUUCGACAAGGUGGUGUUGCAAGAGCUCUCCAGAGAAGUGAUUGCCAACCAUCCAGACGGCAAUGCCACUGCCAUUAUGGUUGAAUUGACACCAAAGAUCCAGGCUGCUUAUCCUCACGUUCGUAUCAACGACCUCAACUUUGACGACUGGGUCAUGAACAACGCUGGAGGUGCCAUGGGAACCAUGUUCAUCAUGCAUGCCUCCAUCACCGAGUACUUGAUCUUCUUUGCCACUCCCGUGGGUACUGAGGGCCACACAGGGAUCCAUUUCGCCGACGACUACUUCACUAUUUUGACCGGAGAGCAGACUGCUGCACUUGCCGGCGCUACUAGCCCAGAGAUCUACCUUCCAGGAGACCAGCACCACUUGCAAAAGGGUGACCUCAAGCAGUACAGCAUGCCUAGAGGCGCAUUAGCGUUGGAGUUGGCCCAGGGAUGGAUCCCAGCCAUGUUGCCUUUCGGAUUCUUGGACAGUAUCUGCUCGACCUUGGACUACAUCUCUCUCUCCAAGACCAUCUGGUUGACUGGUAAGGACAUGAUCUUGAACUUGCUUGCAGGUAAGUUGUAGACUGAGGUGCUACGCCAUUGAAGCCUAUAGACUGAAUAGAAAAUAGCCAAUAUAGCUAUCAAUAGAGACCAGUAAUAACCAGUGUAGAAAUUGAG